UAGACGUGAACGUAGCGCUGCUGAGCGCUGGGCAAAUACACACGCAGGUGGGGAGGGGAAGCGCAUUGUUGACAGGUGGACGGAAAUAUUUGUCCGAUCGCACAGAGGAGAUAUGGAUUUAAAUAAAACGGUGCUGUGCGAGAGCCUGAUUAUUUGGCUGCAAACCUUCAAAACCGCAGGCCCCUGUAAGACAGUGGAGGAUCUGACCUCAGGGGCAGCCAUGUCUCAGGCCCUGCAUCAGAUAGAUCCUUCAUGGUUCAGUGAGAGCUGGCUGGCCCGCAUUAAAGAGGAUGUUGGAGAUAAUGUGAGACUCAAGAUGAACAACCUCAAAAAGAUCCUGCAGAUGAUGGUUGAUUAUUAUAAUGAGGUUUUGGCUCAAAAGAUGACAGAAUUCCCUCUGCCUGAUCUGGUGCGUGUGGUAGAGCAGUUUGAUCAGGUAGAGCUGGGACGCCUCCUACAGCUCAUCCUGGGGUGUGCAGUCAAAUGUGACAGGAAGCAAGAGUAUAUCCAGAUAAUCAUGACCUUGGAGGAAUCUGUACAGCAUGUGGUGAUGACUGCUAUUCAGGAGCUUAUGAGCAAGGAGACUGUGUCUCAGUUAGGAACAGAACAUCUUGGAGAUUUUGAAGAACAGUUAAAAAAAGCCUUGGAGGAUCUGACUGAAGUCAUGGCAGAGAAAGAAGAGCUGGCACAGCGCUGUCAGGAGCUCGACGUGCAGGUGACAAUGCUACAGGAGGAAAGGAACAGCCUCCUGGCAGAAAAUGACCUCUUGACUGAUCGAUCCAGUCAGCUUGAUACGUUUGAUAACCCCAGCACUCCAUCAGGGAGGAAGCACAGCCAACUACAACUACAGCUAGAACAGCUUCAGGAGGAGAACUUCAGACUCGAGGCAGCUAAAGAUGAUUACCGCAUCCACUGUGAAGAGCUGGAGAAACAACUAGUGGAGCUUCAGCAUCGUAAUGAUGAACUGACCAGCCUGGCUGAGGAGUCACGAGCGCUUAAAGAUGAAUUAGACAUAUUAAGGAGCUGCUCUGACCGGGCAGUCAAGCUAGAGGCCUCUGUUGAGACGUACAGGAAGAAGUUAGAAGAUCUAGGUGACCUCAGACGGCAAAUGAGAGUUCUGGAGGAGAAGAAUAUGACCUAUAUGCAUAACACAGUCAGCCUUGAAGAGGAGCUACGCAAGGCUAAUGCUGCAAGAGCUCAAUUAGAGACAUACAAGAGACAGGGUCAGGAGCUCCACAGUAAACUGUCUGAUGAGUCCCGCAGGGGUGAUAACCUGGCGUUCGAGAUGAAGAAAUUUCAGGAGAAAUAUGAUGCUUUACUAAAGGAGAAAGAGAGGAUCAGCAUUGAGCGGGACACUCUCAGAGAGAUUAAUGAAGAGCUGCGUUGCACACAGGCCCAACAGGACCAGCUGUUACAAGCAGGAAAGUAUCAAACAGGAAGUCCAAGCCAUGAUAACCUGGCAGCUGAGAUGUUGCCCAUUGAGUACAGGGAGAAGUUAAUCCGUCUGCAGCAUGAGAACAAGAUGUUGCGGCUGCAGCAGGAGGCGCCAGAGAACGAGCGCAUAACUGAGCUGCAGGAGCAGCUGGAGGAGGCCCGGCGCGCACGCAGCCAACUGGACACUGAGAACAGGUUAAACAGAGAAAGAAUUAGUGAGCUCCAGCAGCAGGUAGAGGAUCUGCAGAAGGCCUUGCAGACACAAGGAACCAAACCUGAAGAUUCACACAUUAACAUCUGAAGAAGGAAGUUGGAUGCCCAUAUGGUGCGACUGAAUAAGGCACAAGAUGAAAUCAUGAAGAAGAAAGAGCUGUUGGAGGACCUUCAGCCAGACGCUACUCAAACCAGUGUGAAGAUGGAUGAGCUGGCGGCAGCGCUGAAGAAGAAAGAUGAGGACAUGAGGGCGAUGGAGGAACGAUACAAGAUGUACCUGGAGAAAGCCCGUGAUGUGAUUCGAGCUCUGGAUCCUAAGCUAAACCCAGCCUCAGCAGAGAUUCAGUCACUGAAAGCGCUGCUCUCUGAGAAAGAGAAGAGGAUCAUUGCUCUGGAGCGGGAGUGUGAGCAGGCCAAACUGAGGGAAUAUGAGGAGAAGUUAAUUGUGACAGCUUGGAAUAAUAAGAGUUUGAAUUUCCAGAAGAUGGCAAUCGAGUCACGGCUUAGCGGGCGAUCCAACUCUCUAGUGCCGCCCGGCCAGUCCUUCCUGGCUCAGCAGCGGCAGGUGACCAACGCCCGGCGCAACAUGUCAAUCAACGUGCCUGCCCCUUCUUCCAAGUAACCUUGUCCUGAGUACCUCCCCAACUUCCUGCUCUUCUCCUCCUUCCCCUCACAUGUACACUCAAGUGACCUUAAGUACACUUCUAAACAAGGGGACAAGCAUGCCAUGAUGAACAUUAGCAUGUCCCCAUGUGCUCUUUCUCCACAGUUACACAUGUAUAAUAAUGUACAUAAGGGGCUGAAAUCUGAUGAAAGUUAUUCAUUCAGCACACUAUGAUGUACACUAGCAGUCUUUCACUUUCAGUACUAAACAACCACCUAUAACAGUCUGCAGCAGGGUCAUUUCUGAACCAGCAUCCAUACUAAAGGUCACAGGUCCAUUCUUGUCAGGCUCACUCAGAUUGUGCAGGAACAAAUGCAUUCAAUGCGUCCUGUAAUGGUAGCAUGCAUGCUUUUGCUAGAAAUGACUUCCAACUAUACACUAUGCAGCCAUGGAAUAUAAUUGUAAUCACGCAGGUAUGUCUUAUAAAACAUUGAAAGUAUAUGCAGACUACACAUUUUGCCCUAACCAAUCAAACUAUGUAGAUCAGGAUGAUGAUGUAUUUGGUGCUGGACACCAGAUUUCUUAGUUUGUUCCUAUUACAAUGACUUUCUCAAACAACAACAACAACAUAUAUCGAAACUACAUUAGUAUAUACAUUAAAAAAGACAUGCAUAUAAUCACUCUAAUUGAUUAAAUCUGAAUCCAGGUACUUCAUUCAGCCGGUUAUGGUAUUUUAUAUUCAGUUGACUGUGAUAGGACUCUUGCAUGCUCUUUUAACAAGCAGAAGGGCCUUUUUUAAUGUGUCCUGUCUGUGAAAAGACCUCAAGUUUCAGGAUUUGAACACCAGCACAGAAUUAUAGCAGGCCAUAGGAAACAGCUGUGACUGCUUUGAAUGUGUUGUAUGCCACUCAUUAAAAAUACAUGCGUGACUUGUGAAACAUAGCUGCAUUGUGAAAUGGCUUUUGCUGUAUUGUGAAAAUCUGCCCCUGCUUAGGUUGACCAAGCUGUCUGCUAAUAGACUAGCUGUUGCAUUUGAAAUAAAACACACUCUGUUUGUGUUGGGAGAUGAUAUUAAUUUUAAAUAAUAAGGUUAAUCAUUACGGUUCUGAUUUGUCUUUUCCGGUGUUUUAUUCUACUAGGCUUUUUGGCCUGUGAUGGUAAAUGCUAAUGUUUUUUGAAACGCUAAUAUUUAUGUAUGAUGUGUUCAAAGGAAGAACUCUUACAUUUGUGUACUCAAUUUUAUGAGGACUGUCAUUGUUUGUGUGAGAUGAUAAAUAAUAAGAUUGGAUUCAUAUGGUGUUAGAGUAAUACUUGGAGUUAAAGAGCACUUGCAGCCUUCAUUUACUUGUGAUGAAUAAACACAGGUUUGCAAUA